CCAAGCGACGUAAACAAUAUGGCGAUGAUGGCGGAGGAGUUCGAGUCGAUGGCCGCCUCUCCCGACGCUCUCGACCUGCACAGGUUCAGGAAGGUCGUCCGCAGCUACAUAGAGAGGCACCACUACAAGGCUGCUAUAUUCUGGGCUGACAAGGUGGUCAGCCUCAGUAAUGGUUCUCCUGCUGAUGUCUACUGGCUGGCUCAGAGCUACUUCUUAACAAAGCAGUAUCAUCGCGCUAUUCUUCUUUUAAAUGGACAUAAACUGAGCAAGAAUCCCACGUGUCGAUAUCUCAUGGCUCUCUGCCACUAUGAAGUCGGUGAAUUCCAUUUAGCUCUGGAUUUACUGGAGCACAACGAUAAUAACAGCAUUUCUCGUAUCAAGACUGAAGGAGAGCCUUUUUCUGUUCCUGAGAUUGAUGACACCAUGUCUAUUGACUGCUCAACACACUUGCUUAAAGGAUACAUAUACGAGGCAAGCGACAAUCGUGCAUUGGCUGCCGAGAGUUUCCGCGCUGCUAUCCAAGCAGAUCCUCUGUGCUAUGAAGCAAUUCAUGCUCUCACCCAGCACCAUAUGCUGACAGUGAAGGAAGAAAGGGAUCUCUUGUCGUCACUUCCACUAUCCAGGACAUGCAGCGAGCCAGAAAGUGCAGUAGUAAUGGCCGUGUACGAGACGAGGGUCAAUAAGUACAGCUGCCCUAGCCAGCCACUUCCACAGCCUGUGGGUCCCUUAGCAUCAAAUGCAGACUUCAUCACAGCGCAGGCCGAAAAACUUUACUAUAACUGUAAUUUUGCUCAGUGUUACAGAUUAACGCAAGAAGUACUGAAGAAAGAUCCGUACCACACGGGAUGUUUGCCAAUCCAUGUUUCUUGUUUGGUGGAACUCAAGCAGUCCAAUACAUUGUUUCUGCUGGCUCAUAAGUUGGUGGAUCUGUAUCCCGAAAGUGCACUCGCUUGGUUUGCUGUUGGCUGUUAUUAUUAUCUUAUAGGCAAAAAUGAACAGGCACGCAGGUACUUGAGCAAGGCAACGGCACUGGACAGAGUGUUUGGUCCAGCAUGGAUAGCAUACGGGCACUCAUUUGCAGCAGAGAAUGAGCACGACCAAGCAAUGGCUGCAUACUUCAAGGCAGCACAGCUUAUGAAAGGCUGUCAUCUUCCGUUACUGUACAUUGGCAUGGAGUACGGACUUACUAACAACCCUAAGUUUGCAGAAAAGUUUUUCAAGGAGGCUUUAGAAAUAGCACCAGAUGAUCCCUUUGUUUUACAUGAACUUGGAGUCGUAGCUUCUAGUAACCAGGAAUACACGUCGGCAGAAGUAUACCUGCGGCGGGCAGUGGCACUAGUAGAGGAGAGUGGUGUUGUGGUUGUACCAGAGAAAUGGGCCGUCUUGUUAAAUAACUUGGCGCAUAUCUGCCGCAAACUGCAGAAAUAUGAAGAGGCCCUUCACUUUCACCAACAGGCACUGCGGCUGUGCCCCGGCGUAUCAUCAACCUACUCAGCCUUGGGUCUCGUCCAGUCUCUCCUGGGAGACUAUGAAGCAGCCGUGGUCGCGCUGCACAAAGCCCUCUCGUUGCAUCGAGACGACACCACUGCCACCACUCUCCUCACAACUGUCAUGGAGCAGCUUAUGACACAGACACCAGCGUUCCAGGGUGAUGAUAAUGUGCCUCAACUAGACCUGCCAUCAGAGCUGGUAGGAACUGACACAAACACCAGCGAUAUUACUCCAGCCUGUGCUGAAGAUCCCCUCAGUGAUACCAACCUCCUAGGAUCCAGUAUAGGUCAGCCAGUGAUGCAUUCAUCAGAUGUUGGUGGGGACUCCUUGAGUCAUAGCGAGAGCCAGUCAUCAGCACUCAUCAUUGAGGACAUGGUCAUGGAUGAUCAGAGUCCAUGAGCUUUAUAAGUAGCAAAUUAAAAUAAUUACUCUUAAAUA